AGGACUUAUGACGUCAAUAAUAGGCUUGUCCUUUUGGAAAACAGGCAUAGUUGCUUGUUAAUUGUCUGAAUUGUCCACAUGGCAUGUAAAUUUUAUUUUGAAUUGAAUAAGUUAAAAUAGUGUGUUUAGGUGUUCAGAAAUGUGUUUUUAUGUUUCUACUAAACAAUACAAAGAUAAAGUUUUCGCUACAUCUUGUGAACAAGCGACGUGUCUGUGUGGUUAAAAUCCGGAAAUAACUGGAUAUAAGUUGCUAAGGCCUUGUAAUUAUUCUAUGUUCAAAGCUUCUUUUUAAUUUUUGAAAUUUUCGUAUUUUCACCUGAGCUAUAGUUUUUUGAUUCUUUAUAGAACAAUUCCAGUCACUUCACUUGAUUCUUAUCAAACGUAUUGCAUAUCGACAACCUUCAUUUCAUCAGACAGUUUUCUUUUGGAUUGAUUGAAUCCACGAUCUAAAAAUGUCAUCGGGUUAUGCUUCUGAGGAAACAUCCUCUGAUCGAAACGUAGAAAUAUGGAAGAUCAAGAAACUUAUAAAAAGCUUGGAAAUGGCUAGAGGAAACGGAACAAGUAUGAUUUCUCUCAUCAUUCCACCCAAGGAUCAAAUAUCUCGAGUUAGCAAAAUGUUGGCUGAUGAAUUUGGUACUGCUUCGAACAUCAAGUCUCGAGUAAAUAGGUUAUCAGUUUUAGGUGCAAUUACUUCUGUCCAACAUAGACUUAAACUCUACACCAAGGUGCCACCCAACGGUCUUGUUAUCUAUUGUGGAACAAUCGUAACUGAAGAAGGAAAAGAAAAGAAAGUGAAUAUAGAUUUUGAACCGUUCAAGCCAAUCAAUACAUCACUCUAUCUCUGCGACAAUAAAUUCCAUACAGAAGCUUUGACAGCUCUGCUAGCCGAUGACAAUAAGUUUGGAUUCAUUGUGAUGGAUGGUAACGGUGCGCUCUUUGGAACCCUGCAAGGAAACACCAGAGAAGUGCUGCAUAAAUUCACUGUAGAUCUUCCCAAGAAGCACGGCAGAGGAGGUCAGUCAGCCCUCAGGUUCGCCCGAUUGAGAAUGGAAAAACGACACAACUAUGUGAGAAAGGUGGCCGAAGUAGCCACCACACUAUUCAUAACCAACGACAAACCAAAUAUAGCUGGACUAAUCUUAGCUGGUAGUGCUGAUUUUAAAACUGAACUUAGUCAAUCCGACAUGUUCGACCCGAGGUUGCAAGCCAAAAUAAUAAAAUUAGUUGAUGUGUCUUACGGAGGAGAAAAUGGUUUCAAUCAGGCCAUUGAAUUAGCUGCUGAAUCUUUGCAAAAUGUCAAAUUUAUCCAGGAAAAGAAACUUAUAGGACGUUAUUUUGAUGAAAUCAGUCAAGACACAGGGAAAUACUGCUUUGGAGUAGAGGACACACUUCGAGCAUUGGAGCUUGGCUCAGUGGAAACCCUCAUCUGUUGGGAGAAUCUAGACAUUCAGCGCUACGUGCUCAAGAACCACACCAGCUCGGAGGAGAAAAUCCUUCAUCUCACUCCUGAGCAGGAAAAGGAUAAGACCCAUUUCACUGACAAGGAGAGCGGCGUGGAGUUGGAACUAGUGGAGAGUCAGCCGCUGCUGGAAUGGCUGGCCAACAACUACAAGAGCUUCGGCGCCACCCUCGAGAUAAUCACCGACAAAUCACAGGAAGGAUCACAGUUUGUGCGAGGAUUCGGAGGCAUUGGAGGAAUUCUCCGCUACAAGGUGGACUUCCAAUCGCUUCAGGCCGAUGAGCCUCUCGACGACGUUGAUUUAGACGAGUAUUGAGAGGCCUUCUCAGAUACAAAGUGGAUCUCCAAAGCAUGCAAUGCGACGAUCUGGACAAUGAGUUCUACGAUUUGGACGAGUACUGAGCGAGCCCUGCUCUGGGCCCUGUCAAAUCUAAUCGAGGUUAAGCAGCAGCAGCAGCAGAAGCCACCAUAAGGACUCAUCCACAAUUCCCAUACCUGCUCAAUUUCCUUGAUCAGCAAAUCGUUCAAGAUUGUCGCAACCGGUUCCGCGGAUUGCUUAGAUCACUUGUUGAAAGACAUUAUUAUUGUUUCUUAGAAUACAAAUUUUUGAUCAUCAUUAGUGAAAUUUUGCUGUCGAUUGCUUCUGAACUCUAACCCCCCCCCCCCACCAUGAGAAAUAUUAUCCUCCCUCUGUAACUUGACACAUCUGUUGUAUUCCAACAUAUAUCAUCACACCAUCGCUAUAAAUAAUGAUAUCGAGUGACCUGGCUGGCUCAGGUCUGAUGUCAGAGUUUUCAUGUCACACCUGAUCAAUUUCAGGGUUUCUGACAUUACCUAACGACUGUUUCCAGGCAGCCGGGACCGACCUUAACGUGUCCAUAGAAACACUGGUUACACCACAGCUUGAAACGCAUAUUUAUUGGAACUUGUAGGUUUUUAUUGUAUCGGUAACUUUUGUUAUAAUUGGUAAAUUUUACCAGCUUUUUCCUACAAGUGGGUAAAAUAUUUUCUUCACAAUAGUUCUUUGUAUUCUCAAUUUUCACCCAAUCCUUGACGAACAACUUUGGUUCAAAACCAAAGAUUACUGUCUCUUUUCAUGUAUUUCUUUUUUGCCUGAGAAACACUGCCUGUGAGAAUGUUGGGAAAAAUAAUUUAGCCCUUGGUUUUUGUGAAAGAAAUAAAACUCAAUACAUUGAACUAGCGGGUUCCCUUCUCUUUCCUAAUAAAUGGAACAGAACAAUUAUUUAUUUUAAAAAUAUAUUCACCAAUAAAAAAAAUUACUGCUAUCUAGUGUCAAAAAUCUUGAAAUAUUGAAGAUGUUCCAGAGAUGACCUGUCCACAUCACAUUUUCUCUAUAUAUAAUUUCUAUUAGAAAUGUGUGCUUGUAACUCGUUGCAUUUUCAAAUCAAAUUCAUUGAAUUGCUAUAUCAAGAAGUUUAUGAAUGGAAUUGAUUGUUGGAAUACAGUAUGCCUAGUUGAGUUUAUUGACUCGGCUUUUAAUCGAAUUUAUUAGAGGUGGGGCCCCAUUAGCACGAAUUUAUCAUUCAAUCUAUCUCAUGUGUCAAACUGCCAAUUACUCACAUAUAGCACCUAACUUCUUCAUGAGAUUGUGUUUUACUUCACUAGCAUUGAACCAACUUUUAGAUGUCUUCUCACACUUAUGCAGAGAAAAAUAAUUAAAAUCGAUUAUCAUUUAACCUCUGGAUGAGGGACUAUUUGUCAAGUCACAUUUAAGAUUUUGUGCAAUUUGUGGAGCUUGAUAAAAGUAUUGUCAAUGGACUUUGCAUAAUGGAGAUGACUGUUAGAUGAGAUCAAUAUUAUUGAACUUAACCGAUAACCGUCUAAGUUUGCUAAGAUGUGCUUGUCUUAUUACUACUGUAUUAUGUAAUCAAAAUACCAUUCCUGAGAGUUGAUUUGUUAGUUUCAUUCAAGCAUGUUCUUUGAAUACUCAUUUAGGUAAAACUUUAAAUAUGCUAUAAUUUUUAAAUGUAAGAAUUUGCCUUAAUAUUGAAGAUUUAUUAUGAACUUUAUAUUAUUUAUAUACAAAUACCUACUAUAUAUAAUCAUAUACUUGUAUGAAAAACUAAUUUAUUCAGACACAAUGUCAUAUCAGGCGCUGUGGUUUUUUUUAUUGUUUCAGAAUGUCAAAAAUUGAACCGUAUGCAUAGGCAUGUGAUGCUUUUUCUCGAUAAUAUAUUAUAACCAGAAAGUCAUUUUUGCAAAUGUCAUUCUACUAUAGUUAAUUAUUUAUUUCAUUAUUUACAUUGAAUUGUGUAUCUUUUUCAAUUAAAUUAUAAAUAUAAUAUGUCAUGUGGAUUAAUUGAUAAUUAAAAAGAGUGCAACUUGAUCAGUUUUUAGACAGAAUUUUAUUUAUUAUAUUAUCAUUACUGUUAGCAAAUUAUCUUGGGCAGUAUUUAUCUUGAGAGACUUUUUCAAGGGAUUAAAUUUUUUUGAAUGUA